AUGGACCGCAUGGGUACUCAUCUCAUUGAUGUGAUUGUCGAUGGUUCCUCUAAGAGGAUUCUUCAAAAGGAGAAGAUGAAGAACCAACUGAUGGUAAAACAGGACACCAAACAGAGGGAGCGUUUGAGCAGGAGUAUGGAUGUGAUCUCCUUAAUAUCAGAUGAUGAAGAUGAUGUGACGACAGAACAGGAACCAGAGAAAAUGGACACGACCACAAAAGAGGAAGCAGACCAACGUCAUCUGAGAUGGAAUGACACCUGUCUGCGCUUUGUCAGAAAAUACUGCAUCAAUGUCCGUUCACAUCUGAGCGCCGACUGUCACAUCAAUGCCAUCAUGAGUCAGAGGUCAGAGGUCAUCCGAGCCUGUUCUAAGACGCCGUUCUGCCUGUAUCUGUACACCGGGGUGAAGCUGGGUCCAGGGGAGACCAUCACUGUCGUUCUAAUUGGAUACUUUGAUCAGAGGUCAGGGGUCAGCGUGGUGAGGCUGCUGGACACGCUGCAGAAGGACGUCCGUUUCCAAACCUCUGAGGAUCAACGCCUGCUGAUGGAGCUGCUGGUGAAGCUCCAGCUCCCACUGUCCAACCUGGUGGUGUUUUACUGUGACGCCCCACACCCUGAGGCCUUCGUGUCUCAAAUCCUGGCCUUAAACCCCACUGUGGUCUCGCUCUGCCGCCUCCCGGGGUUGGCGGAACGGGCGUGUCGAGCUGGACUCUUGGCCUCAUUCAGCUACGUUGGGGACCUGGUCCGAGACCUCCACCGUCACUGCUCCACCACCAACUCCGUGAACGGCACCCUGAAGGAGCUGUUCGCCGACUCAGGGUCUUACAACCCACUGUGUCCUGAGUCUGGUGAUGUCUCCUUCAUCAUCCACAUCGUCCAGAAGUUGGUCGCCAUCUGGUGGGACGUGAUGGAGUAUUUUAAAUCUUUGAGUCCAGAAAGAAGUGUGGAAUGCCUCCGAUCACAGCUCAUGGAUCCCAAAGUCCAUCUGGACUUUCUUUUCCUGUCCCACGCCCUAGAGCCGCUCCGGGCACUUCAGAAUCUGCAGGGAGGUGGGUCAUGUGACACGGCCGUAGAGCUGCAGCUGACCGCCAUGUUGGUCAACACCUACGCGGCCAGUCUCCUCCGCCCCUCUGCCGCAGAGCGUUUCCUCCGAAGGCCGGACCUGCUGCUCCUCUACAGUGAGAAGGAUCUGCUCCCCUCCACCGAGGUCAACAUUGGGUUUCAAGCCGCGAACUUCUUGUUGGCGGCCCCGUUGACAGACGUCAGUGAGCAGCAGGACUUUGUGAACAGAGUCGUGGCGUUUUACAGAGCAGCGCUGCACAGUUUAGUGGGAAGUAUUCCAAAACAACUUGGACCCAUGGUUCUAAAGAACAUCGGCACAAUGCUGAAACAUCCCACAAACAUCACGGUACGACCACAGUGUGACGUUUUGAUGAUGGUGACCCCCACGCUGGAGAGACAGCAGGCACAUAUGGAGGCACUGGCAUGGAUUCUGUGGCAGCCGCCCUGGGUACUGCAGCUUCAUACCACUGGUGCUGCAGCUACAUGCCAUUUUCACCCGUGGCGCAAAGCUGCAGCUGCCAUGGAAUCCAUGCCAGUGCCUCCAUAUGCACCCGCUGUCACUCCGGGGGGAUUUGAAAAUGAGCGCGGGCUGUGUACGAAAAAUAAACUGUCUGGUCAGCUGCUGUCAGAGCUCUACAUGCAGCUCAUGGGUUUAGAUAAAAACACUCAACAGCUGAUAUCGCAAUAUGCCAUCGUUGUAAAGAUGAUGAAUGAGGACGAGAAAGGAGGAGGAGAAAUUCACAGCUGGUCGACGGUUGUGCGAGCCACGAGGCAGUUCUCUACGCUCCAUAAACUCCUCCUCAUCCUCCUGGCCUUCCCCAACUCUCUGCACAGGACAAAGGUGUUUGACAAGGUUCUCAGCAGUCAUCUCUCCGGUAUAACUGAACCAUCCAGAGCAUCUCAGCAAACGGGGAAGUGUAACGGUCGACCUAAAACCCGCAGGAGAAAGGUGCCUCUUGUGCGGACCCACAGCAGGGCGGAGGACGACCAGGACUUUUCUUCAGAUCCUGAGUUUCAGAAUAAACCCAAAGUAAAGAUUCCACCGGUUCCUCGAUACAGUGACUCUGACUGCACAGAAAACUCCUCAGGUGAAAUAAAAGCUGAAGUCGAGAUUGUGAUCGAGAGCGACGACGACAAAACCCCACGAUCAACAAAAACAACAAAAGAGCAACAACAAAAAAAGAAGGACUCAUCAAAUCGACAGGAUGACAAAGGGGAUCUGGUGUUGGCCCAGGUGGACGGGUUCCGUUUCCUCUGGCCUUCAGUCGUGGUUUCCUGCCCAGAGAAGGACCAGGUUCAGGGGAAGAUCACAGUGGAGUUUUAUGGGCAGAGGAUCGUCUCCCAGGUUGAUGUGAAUUCUCUGAAACCUUUUGCUGAAUUCUCCCAGUAUUUCUGCUCCAACUCCUUUGCCAUCUUCGUCACCUACAGAGAAGCCGUCUUCCUGUCACUGCAGGAGGCAGCUGUUCGUUGUCAGAAACAGUUUUCGGCAUCGUCUGGUGAUAAAGAGGAUCUGCUGAAGGAGAUGAUGGACUGGGCCUUCGCAGGGUUUCAGCCGACCGGACCAAGAUUUAAUGCAGGACAAUCAAUAAAUGGUGUAACUGAAAGAAACAACCAGCCGAAGGCGAAGAAGCAGCUGUUUGUGAAAGCCAACCCCCCCCAGGUGAACGGCACUUGUAAACACCCCUACGACCUGAAGGAGGUGUCCGUCCGUCUGACCAGACUGUCCAUGGAGACAUCCACCCCCACCCCCACCCCCACUCCCACCCCCAUGGCCACAGACGGAAAACCCGAGUGGAGGAAGACGGGGAACGCCGGAUUGGAGAAGGAGGACUGGGAGAGGGUGGGAGGAAUAGGAGUGGGGAGGGGCAGAGGAAGAGGAGUCAAGGGUCUGAGGAAGAAGAGCAGCCUGUUUGAUGGGUUCGACAACGACACGUCUCCAGACUUUGUUCCGUAUAAGAAGAGGCCGUACAGAGUUCACGCCAAGGCCAACGAGUUGACCAGUGUCUACACCCAACCUGACCAGAAAGUCAGAGAGCAGAUCAUACGGACGAUCAUGAACUUGAAAUUGGACAUCGAAGGUUUCUGUCUGUGUUGUGGGACUGAAAAGGUGGAGGUCCUUCACCCUCUGUUUAAAGGAAGCCUCUGUUCCAAGUGUAAAAACAACUUUACAGAGACUCUGUACCGAUAUGAUGAGGACGGGUAUCAGUCGUACUGCACCAUCUGCUGUUAUGGGAUGGAGGUCAUCCUGUGUGGCAACGACAGCUGCUCCAGGUCUUUUUGUGACGACUGUCUGAACAUCCUGGUCGGACCUGGAACCUUCGACUCUCUGAAGCUUUUGGAACCGUGGAUCUGCUUCCUGUGUGAGCCUCAUGAAGCCCACGGCGCCCUGAUCCCCAGAGUCGACUGGAGCAUCAGGGUCCAGGAGUUAUUCGCCAACACCAGCGCCAUGGCCUUCGAGCCUCAUCGUGUUUAUCCGUCCAUUACUGCCAACCUGCGCAGACCUAUUCGAGUUCUGUCGCUGUUCGACGGCAUCGCCACAGGUUACCUGGUCCUCAAAGACCUGGGCUUCAAAGUGGAGACGUACGUUGCAUCAGAAAUUUGUGAAGACUCGAUCGCCGUGGCAUCUGUUAACCACGAUGCGAAGAUCGUCCACGUGGGUGACGCCAGGUUCAUCACCCCGGAUGACAUCCGGCGCUGGGGUCCAUUUGAUCUGCUGAUCGGUGGAAGCCCCUGUAAUGACCUGUCCAUCGUUAAUCCGAUCAGAAAAGGCCUUUAUGAGGGCACCGGCAGGCUGUUCUUCGACUUCUACCGCGUCCUCCAGAUGCUGAAGCCCAAAGAGACGGACCCCCGGCCAUUCUUCUGGCUCUUCGAGAACGUCGUCUUCAUGAACAUACACGACAAAGUCAACAUCUGCCGCUUCCUGGAGUGUAACCCGGUCCUGGUGGAUGCCAUUAAGGUUAGCCCCGCCCACAGAGCGCGGUACUUCUGGGGAAACAUCCCAGGGAUGAACAGGCCGAUCGCUGCCUCGCAGACGGACAAACUGAACCUUCAGGACUGUUUAGAGAUCGGCAGAAAAGCCCGGGUGACCAAAGUGAGGACGAUCACCACCAACCCCAACUCUCUGAAACAGGGGAAACAUGUGUCUCUGCUGCCGGUUCUGUACAACGACAAAGAGGACAACCUGUGGAUCACCGAACUGGAAAAAAUCUUCGGGUUCCCCAAACAUUACACUGAUGUGAGGAACAUGAACCGUCAGCAGCGGCAGAAGGUUCUGGGGAAGGCGUGGAGCGUCCCUGUCAUACGACACCUCUUCGCUCCUCUCAAGGACUACUUCGCCUGUGAGGAGCUGCCGCCCAUGACCAACACCACUGCCACCGCCACCGCUGCCACCACCACCGCUACCGUCGCCGUCGCCUCGUCCUUGUCCUCAUCUUCAUCUUCAUCCUCAUCCUCGUCUUCAUCCUUGUCCUUGUCCUGGUUCUCCCCGCCCACUCCAGAGCAGCAGAUCUGUUAG